AUGUCUAAGAAGAGCAGAUCGUUUUGCCUCAAUUUCUCUGUGUUGGCUGUUCUGGCUUUUCUAGCAUGUGCUCGCACGGAUUAUCUCGAAGUUCAAACUCUCAGAGAUAUGUACAUAGCCCUGAACAGCCCGCCACAGCUCAAUAGCUGGGAACUAGACGAUGGUGACCCCUGUGAGGAUAUGUGGGUAGGAGUUACCUGUUUUGGAUCAUCAGUGAUUCGCAUUGGACUUCGUGGUUUUAACCUUACUGGUACAUUAGGCUUCCAGAUAGCAAAUCUUCAAAAAUUGUCAGAUCUGGACCUGAGCUCCAACAAUAUUCAUGGUGAAAUCCCAUAUGGCUUACCCCUAAAUCUGAUGCACUUGACUUUGGCAUGCAACCAUUUCAGCCAGAGCAUUCCUGAUUCUUUGUCCAGCCUGAAAUAUCUUAGAAACCUGAAUCUGAGCCACAAUGUAUUAUCUGGACCGAUGGGAGAUUUCUCGAGUGGCUUGGAGAAUCUGAGAGAGAUGGAUCUUUCACAUAAUAAACUCACUGGAGAUUUACCUAGUUCAUUUGGUGCCUUGACAAGACUGACAUCUUUGUUUCUGCAGAACAAUUCACUCACCGGAUCGGUCACUCUUCUGGCUGAGCUCCCACUGAGAGACCUCAACAUUGAAGAUAACCACUUCAGUGGUGUGAUCCCAGAAAAUUUUCAAGGGAUUACCAACUUAUGGAUUGGAGGUAAUAGGUUUGACAGAGAACAGGACUAUCAACAGUGGAGUUUCCCUCCAUAUGUGUUGCCCAAUUGGCAGAAUAUUAGUCCUUCACCAAGUUCAGACUCAAGUCUCAAUGAUACAAAGCAUCCUUCUUCUCAGAAGGAAGGAGGGCACAUGAAGAAAAGAUCCAAAAGAAUGAGCACUGGAGGAAUAGCAGCUAUAGUUGUUGACGUUGUAAUCUGUUUAGUAAUCUUGAUUGUUGUGUGGAUUGUUAUAUCUCCGAAAGAGAUGCUUGAAAGCAUAGAUGGAAAUCCAAUUUCAGAGCAUUCUGUUCCAAUCAGUUCUAUAAUUCGAGAAUUUUCCACUACAACUGACUAUGACAGCUUACAAUCAUCAAGAAUGGGCUCUCCUGCAGAAUCUCAACCAGUUUCUCCGUUGCAGUUACCACCUGUUCCCAGCAGAGCUCUGAACAUGUCCACAAGAACAAGUUUUUCCAAGAAGAGCAAAGUCCCAAUAUGUGCAAAACAUUAUACCAUUGCAGAGCUUGAAUCAGCUACAGGAGGCUUCAGUCAAGAAAACCUUAUUGGAAAUGGAUCACUUGGCUCCAUUUACAGAGCACAGUUUCCCGAUGGACAGAUGUGUAUUGUGAAGCAAGUUUAUGGGGUAGUGCUAUCUCUCCAUGGAGAACUAUUCUUGGAUGUGAUUAGGACUGCAUCGCGCCUGAGGCACCCCAACAUCAUCACACUGCUUGGCUACUCCAUGGAGCUUGGCAACUGCUGCCUCCUUGUUUAUGAGUAUGUAAGAAACAUGCCCCUCAAUGAUGCCUUGCACAAUGUAGCACACAUGACUUUGCCUUGGAACAUUAGACUCCGCGUUGCAGUUGGUGUUGCCAGGGGUUUGAACUACAUGCAUUCUUCCUGUGUGCCACCAAUAUCCCAUUGCAACUUGACUGCUGCCAACAUCUUUCUUGAUGAGGAUCUCAGACCUCGUAUUUCAGAUUGUGGCCUAGCAAACUUAAAAAGCCUGAUCACACCAGCAGAUGAUAUGCAAGGGAGUACUGAGAACACAAAGGAUGAUGUCUACGAUUUUGGGGUGUUGCUCCUCGAGCUCCUAACCGGAAGGCAGCCUUUAAAUAGUUCGAGACCAAAUGCCAAGGAAUCCCUGGUGCAGUGGUCUGUGCCCAGGCUUCAUGACAACGUGUCGCUGUCAGAGAUGGUUGAUCCUCAUAUCCGGAACACAAUUCCCGGCAAAAGUCUUUCUCAUCUCGCAGACAUUAUCUUACUCUGUAUUCAGCAGACUGAGGAGUUCAGGGCACCAAUGAGCGAAGUGGUGGAGGCCCUGGUGGCUCUGGUGCAGAAAUGUGGAUCAUCGAAAGGAAGUGAAGUAGCUGAACCAUUUGGCCAAUCGUUUCGUUCUGCGAACACCCACUUCGUUGCCUCACCCACGCAAAGCUACUACUCCAUCUAA